UCAUUAUUUUAAUGCCGUCCAAUAACCCUCCAUGAUAAGAUAUUUCCGUCUCAACUCUCUUCCUCAGCGCGUGGCCGGCAAUCCUUCACCUUCUUUCUAAUAACGAUUGUCGCGUGAGCCUCAUCACGGUUGGUUAGUCAUCAUCUGUGUGAGGUGCCACAAGCACAAGGAAAAUAUCUGAUCUUGCACAAGAUAUGUAUCUAUCUAUCUACACUAGCCCAGAAAACAGAGCAUAGGGUUUGAGUAAAACCGCUGGAUAUUUGAUUCUUCAUCCAGCAUGGAAGACAACACCUCAAACUUAAAGCGCCAUGGUCAACAAAAUGCAACAACUGAAGAGAGUGUGUCGGAAGGAAACUCAGAGAUGUGGAACAAUUUCUCCAACAGAUUCAAGCAGGUGCAGUCGGUGUUGGAUCGGAACAGAUUGUUGAUUCAGCAAGUCAACGAGAAUCAUCAGUCUAGAACCAACGAUAAUAUGGUGCAGAACGUGGGCCUGAUUCAGGAGCUUAAUGCCAAUAUCUCUAAGGUCGUUUCUCUCUAUUCUGACCUUUCCACCAAUUUCUCAACCAUCUUUCAUCAGGAAAACGAUGCCAUCGGAGACGAGACCAACAACCACUGAUGCUUCUCUUAGUUUUUCUAUUUAUCAUAAUAGUUCUAGUUUCUUGCUAGUGCGCUUAUUGUACUCAACACUUUUGGUUGAAAUAUCACGAAUUAUGCCCUCAA